UCUGCUGAGAGCAGGUUGGGAAUUGUUUCCCUCGCUGUUUCUUCGUUGGAAAAUACCAAUUUAUCAACACCAAAACAUUCUGAUGAAAAGUUUGUUGAGGAGAUUUCUCGGGUCCAGGAUGGGAGGGAGGGAGACAGAGACCCACCCCCUCCUAGCCUGGUGAUUAAGGCACGUGGGAGAUCCAGGUAUCCCUUCUCUGCCUGACUUGGAGCAGGGACUCCAAGUUGGGUCUCCCGCAUCCCAGGUGAGUGCCAGAAGCACCAGGCUUUUGGGUCUUUUGGUGUGCGCGCCUUUCUCUUGCUCUCGGUUUUGUUCCAGUGUGGAAUGGAAACGUGAUGGAACCUCAGCAUUUUUCAUGAAGGAGAAUUCCUGUUUUCCAGCCUGCCUUACCCAGCAAGCUGCAGGGCAUCAUUCUCCUGGCUUGGCACGGUGGAGGCGUGAGAAUAGCCCCGGAGUAUUCUGAGAAAACAGGGGCUCUUUGGAGGGGUCUGGCUGUCCCCUGCAGCUUGCCAUGCAGCUCCCCACUCGGCAUGCUGACUUCAGCAUUCGCUGCUGCAUUUUGGGUUCAUUACAACCCUCCCCCCCAUCCCAAGGAGAUCUGGAGCACAGAUUGCACUGCAUGGUUCCUCAGCUGCAUUUCAGAACUCAGUCCCCAGAGCACAGGUUGCUUGCAGGAGAGCGAUUGGUGGUGUCUGUCAGUUAAACAGCACCUCUGGCUCACUACAGAGUGACGUUCCCGGGAAUGCCUGCCAAGGCAGGAGAUCAAGCGUUCAAAGUGUAAGGACUGACGGAAGCUAUUCUUUAACCCUUCGUGACGCACCCCUGCCCUCCACCACAGCAAGAUACAGUGGAGUUUAAUGAUCCUUGUGGCUCUAUUCAGCUGCUAGGGUGCAGGAGAGAAUUGUGCUCAGAAGUGUGCGUGCUGUGACAUGGCUCAUUUAAUGCAUCAACUUAAAAUGGCCUCCCAUAAUUGCUGGCAUGGUGCAGUAACGGCUCAGGAAGUUGGGUCCCAAAUGAAGCAUGCUAGGAAAAUAACGGCGUCUGCGAGCUGUUUGGGAGGAAGCCAGUCCUCCGUUCAGGCUGAAGUAAUGUUCCAGUGUAUAUUUCUUUUGCCUCUUGAGGAGGAAAUUUUGCCGUGCAGGCCUGUCCCCUGCUAGCAGUGAUCCGAGUUACCUGUUGUCCCCCCCUGCACACCUCCAGUGCUGCUAUAGCGUAACCAAGGAAACCCGAGGCACUGGGGAAGUCCCAGAGGACUGGAAGAAAGUUCAUGUGACAGUAUCUGGAAAGGGUAAAUAGGCCAACCCAGGUUUCCAGAGCCGGACGAGAUGGCACAGUGGAACCAGCUGCAGCAGCUGGACACGCGCUACCUGGAGCAGCUGCAUCAGCUGUAUAGCGACAGCUUCCCCAUGGAGCUCAGGCAGUUCCUGGCCCCCUGGAUCGAAAGCCAGGACUGGGCGUACGCCGCCAGCAAGGAGUCCCACGCCACGCUGGUGUUCCACAACCUGCUGGGGGAGAUCGACCAGCAGUACAGCCGCUUCCUGCAGGAAUCCAACGUCCUCUACCAGCACAACCUGCGCAGGAUCAAACAGUUCCUGCAGAGCAGGUACCUGGAAAAGCCGAUGGAAAUAGCCCGGAUCGUGGCUCGGUGUCUCUGGGAAGAAACUCGCUUGCUCCAGACAGCUGCAACCGCGGCCCAGCAAGGCGGGCAGGCGUCGCACCCCACGGCCGCUGUGGUGACGGAGAAGCAGCAAAUGCUGGAGCAGCAUCUACAGGACGUGCGGAAGCGGGUGCAGGAUCUGGAGCAAAAGAUGAAGGUGGUGGAGAAUCUCCAGGACGACUUUGACUUCAACUACAAGACGCUGAAAAGCCAAGGAGACAUGCAGGACCUGAACGGAAACAAUCAGUCUGUCACGCGGCAAAAGAUGCAGCAGCUGGAGCAGAUGCUGACCGCGCUGGACCAGAUGCGCAGAGGGAUUGUGAGCGAACUGGCCGGGCUGCUGUCAGCCAUGGAGUACGUGCAGAAGACGCUGGCAGACGAGGAGCUGGCUGACUGGAAGAGAAGGCAGCAAAUCGCCUGUAUCGGGGGCCCUCCCAACAUCUGCCUGGAUCGCCUGGAAAAUUGGAUCACAUCCCUCGCAGAGUCCCAGCUCCAGACACGGCAGCAGAUCAAGAAGCUCGAGGAGCUGCAGCAGAAAGUGUCUUACAAGGGAGACCCGAUCGUCCAGCACCGGCCCAUGCUGGAGGAGAGGAUUGUGGAGCUGUUCAGGAAUCUAAUGAAAAGUGCCUUCGUGGUGGAGAGGCAGCCCUGCAUGCCCAUGCACCCGGAUCGCCCCCUGGUCAUCAAAACCGGCGUGCAGUUCACCACCAAAGUCCGGUUACUCGUCAAGUUUCCUGAGCUGAACUACCAGCUGAAGAUCAAAGUCUGCAUUGACAAGGACUCUGGUGACGUUGCCGCGCUCCGGGGGUCCCGGAAGUUUAACAUCCUGGGGACAAACACCAAGGUCAUGAACAUGGAGGAGUCGAACAACGGCAGCCUGUCGGCAGAGUUCAAGCACCUGACACUGCGGGAGCAGAGGUGCGGCAACGGGGGCAGAGCCAACUGCGACGCCUCCCUGAUCGUCACAGAGGAGCUCCACCUCAUCACCUUCGAGACCGAGGUCUAUCACCAGGGUCUGAAGAUCGACCUGGAGACCCACUCCCUGCCUGUCGUGGUCAUCUCCAACAUCUGCCAGAUGCCCAAUGCUUGGGCGUCCAUCCUGUGGUACAACAUGCUGACGAACAACCCCAAGAACGUGAACUUCUUCACCAAGCCCCCGAUCGGCACGUGGGACCAGGUGGCCGAGGUUCUGAGCUGGCAGUUCUCCUCCACCACCAAGCGGGGCCUCAGCAUCGAACAGCUGACCACGCUGGCAGAGAAACUCCUAGGGCCAGGCGUCAACUACUCCGGCUGCCAGAUCACGUGGGCCAAGUUCUGCAAGGAAAACAUGGCCGGCAAGGGGUUUUCCUUCUGGGUCUGGCUGGACAACAUCAUCGACCUCGUGAAGAAAUACAUCCUGGCGCUGUGGAAUGAAGGGUACAUCAUGGGGUUCAUCAGCAAGGAGCGGGAGCGGGCCAUCCUGAGCACCAAGCCACCAGGCACCUUCCUGCUGCGCUUCAGUGAGAGCAGCAAGGAGGGGGGCAUCACCUUCACCUGGGUGGAGAAGGACAUCAGCGGGAAAACCCAGAUCCAGUCCGUGGAGCCGUACACCAAGCAGCAGCUCAACAGCAUGUCGUUCGCGGAAAUCAUCAUGGGCUACAAAAUCAUGGAUGCCACCAACAUCCUGGUCUCGCCCCUGGUCUACCUGUACCCCGACAUCCCCAAGGAGGAAGCCUUUGGCAAAUACUGUCGCCCGGAGAGCCAGGAGCACCCUGAAGCUACGGACUCAGGUAGCACUGCGCCAUACCUGAAGACCAAGUUCAUCUGCGUCACCCCAACGACCUGCAGCAACACCAUCGACCUGCCCAUGUCCCCGCGCACGCUGGACUCGCUCAUGCAGUUUGGCAAUAACAGCGAGGGAGCGGAGGCCAACGCAGGAGGCCAGUUUGAGUCUCUGACCUUCGACAUGGAGCUGACUCCGGAGUGUGCCGCCUCGCCCAUGUGAGGGCCACGCGCCCGGCUCCGCGUCUCGACAACUCUCGCUUCCCGGCUCCAAGUCAUUCCCUCGUCCUGCUAGGUCAUGCGUUCGCUCCAUGCCCCAGAGCGUCCCCGGGCUGCUCCCUGGGGAGAGACGUCGGCCUGGGGGGUCCCGAUCAGUUCGCGGCCGUCUAACUGGAGCACCCAGUUGGCGCUCGGAGGUGGUGUCGGGGGGCUGGGGGGAGGGAACCUUUUUUCUAUUUCCUUCCAUAACAAACGUUUUCUGCUCGAUCAAGUGCCUGUUAGCAUCUGAUUGCCACCUCCAUCCGUGCAAAGCGCUUUCCAGACCUCCUGCAGCGCUGCCAGACCCUUUCCCAGCUCAUCCCUGCGCUAACCUCCAGAUCCCCACCAGGAUUCGGUGAACAGGCCGCUGCUUUGCGGCAGCCGGGAAAGGAGCCUUGGAACCCAGCAGCCCUAACCCCCAGAGCUUUAGCCAGUCAGCACAGGGGUGAGGAGCGCGGAGACCGCGCCGGGCUGACCUGCCUUGCGCACCAGACGCCAUUGAACGAAGAGGGCUGCGAAGCGACUCCCCGACAGGCAGGUUAUUCCGAUGGCUCUGCCUCCGGCCUCCAGGAAAGGCCAGAGGCUGGGCUGGGCGGGCCGUCAGCCCUGGUGCUGGGGUAACGAGCGGCCCGGCCGAUCUGUCUCCAACGUGGGGAACGGCUGUCCUGGUCCCUGAGCUGGAGUCAGAUGUCCACGGCACAGUUCAGCUCCCUGCCCGUCUGCCGGGGCUCAGGCUAGACCCAGCAUGGGUGACAAGCAAGCCAGGUGCCCGCCUCCCCCCUCCUGGGACGGCCUCUCCAGGCAAGCCCCUUGGAAAUUGGCCUGCAGGGACACUUGGCUUGUCCUGUGUGCCGGGGCUGCAGCGGGGGGAAUCUCCAGCGAGCAAGCCAGUAGUUCUCUCCCUGUCAGACCAGAUCCACGCACUGUCUGCUGUCCCGAUGCUCCCUGAUCCCACGCAGCUGGGUCCUUCCUCCAGGUGGUCACUGUCGUGACAGUGGGGUGCCCUUAGUUACCGAUCCGCUCUCUGGUGUAACCCAACUGGGGCCCCCCAUCCCCGCCCUGGCUGCUGGGCUCCUCAGGGCACUGAAUCAAACGCAGUGUCCCUGGUGCUCUCCCUCCAGAGUUUAAACCCCACAGACCUCCGGGGCCGGCUGGCACCAGUUCUUGCCGCUCCGUGGCCCGCCAGCCCCAUUGGACUGGGAGCGGAAACACCGAGUGGCAGGCACUAGACAAACCUGGAGGUCUUUGCCCUUCAUUUCAGUCGGAGGUCGAUUUUUCAGCGAUAAGCUAGCAGGCUGGAUGGCCUAGGAGAGUCAGCAGCCACCUCCCAACCAGCUGUGCGGGGUGAGGGCAGCAGGAGGAAAGUAACUACUCUCCUAGCGUCUGCCGGAAACGUGCCAAAUGGCCAGCAAAGUGUUGUGGGUCAGAGAAGGUGGAUCUCCUCUGUGGAGACUGGGUCGCCCUGCAGACAGUUGGCGACUGUAUGAAGCCAUUACACACAGACAGUUCUGUGCUGUGCUUAACCAAGCACCAUGCUUUGAAUUUCUCAGGCUUAAUGAAUCCCAGUAUAGAAUUGGCGUGGGCGAGGGGAGCGGGGGUGCAGAGCCAGAGCCGUCUGCAUGUUAGUGUGGUCUAACCCCAGGCUUAUCAACGCUGGUGGGUGUUUCCUUUUCUUCACCCAGAAGCCUGGAGAAGCCCUGGGCCGGGGUGGCAGCAAGCGCCCGCUCUGAGCUGCUGCUCCAGGCCCUACACCAUGGGCAGCCUUCGCAUGGGGCUAGUGCUCUGCACUAGUGCGCUGCGUGGGCUCACGCUCACCGACCUGGCCCUCUGGUGCAGACCUAGGUGUUCGGAUGAGGUGAACGCUGUUUGCCGACCCAGGUUUAUUUCUUAACACAAUAGCCGCCUCCUUCCACCACCACCUCCCUGCCUGCCUCUCUGCUUCUCCGUCAUCCGGCCGCCUCCGGCCUGUACAUCUCCUCGUGACGCUCAAUACUGUAAAGAUUUUAUUUUUUGUAUAUUUUAUUGCUGUAUUUACAGGCUUUAACUUUCUCCUAAAUAAAGGUGCUAAAGCGAC